CUUUGUGUUUACCUCGAAAUCGAUAAUUUUUUGAUAGGAUGGCGCUCCGAGUACGCGAACGUCUUUCCUUUUUCGGCAGGCGGAAGAGACUUGGACAGCGGACGUGCCUGGCAGUGAGCGUGCUUCGUGCACCGCAGGUGGCCGCCAUUUUCUUCAUUGUUGUCUGCAUGUGCAUCGAUUUCGGGACGCUCUGGGCGAAGCACGCCAAGCACCAUCUCAACCACCCGUACCACUGCUUGGGCCUCGCGCUGACGCGCUUGGCUAUCUCUAAAGGCAGCCACAGGCAGUGCGGGUUCAUGCUGUUCCAGGCUAGGAAGAGCAGCGUGCUCACCCUCCUGUACAUCGCCAUUGGCAUCGCGCUCUUCCCGCUAGCGAUCUACAGCAUGAGCCUCGGCUUCGGCGAGUGCGAGUGGCAGCCGCCCCGCUCUGCUCACUAUGCUAUACGUUCCUACGCGGACAAAGAAGCAGAGAUAAAGGCACCACACGCGGACCGUGCACGGGAAAAAGAGGAGGCGGUCUACAGAGUGCAAAGAGCCGAGAUUCAACGUGGAGCAGGACGAGUAAAAGCUCGAAAAGACAUGGUUGUUAAACAUAAGCUCCACCUGUGCAUAUUAGACACGUUGAUCGACUUGUCCCUGGUCUUGUAGCUUAGAAGGUUGUCACUGCCGCCUGUGCUCCUGAUUCUUCUCCCAUUUCCUGGGCAGUCUUUUACCGGGUUGGCUUAUAAGAAGAAUGUAGUGGGCGAAUGAAGUACUAAUCAGUGCUCGCGCUGAUCAGAACAGCCGUCACACACGUGGCAGCCUGUAGCAGUGACGCAGCUGCGGACCUGGUGUGCACCUGGAUGCGUUAGGCUCAGAGAGACCUGCUGUCAUUUACAGAGAUUGGAGACUGCGGCGCAGAGAACUUGCAAGUUGAACAAAAACAGGUGUGCUAGUGUGCCCAUGAGAGUCCCAAUUGACCAUCCACGGCUGUUCCAUUUUCAAUUACUGACCUUCAUCCUUCGGGUUUGGCCUCAGUGUCGGCUCGUCGCUGCGACCCCGUCGUCUCACUCGACUCUCGAGACUAUUUCUUGAGGCGCCGGCCGG